UUGUUGUGCACUUGUGUUUCUCUGAUCUUUACCCACAGCGGCAAAGAGGAAACCGUGUGUGUGUUUUAUUUUCCUUUAUGGAUGUGAAACACUGUGGGUUUUAUAGGGAAGAACGUGUUGCAUUUCCACCAGAGAAGACGGGACUCUGAUCUUAUUAGGUGUUGCAGCUGAAGCAGCAGCAGCUUUAAAGUGGCGUCUUCUUGUUGAGAUGGACUUCUGCGGUGUGAGUGCUCGGUUCGGGCUGUGGAGACACGUUGAUGUGGCUCGAGCUAUUGAACUGCUAGAGAAGCUGCAGGAGAGUGGAGCCGUUCCUAUCCAUAAACUGCAGUCCUUGCAGAGAGUAUUGCAGAGCGAGUUUUGUACUGCUGUCAGAGAGGUUUAUCAGUACAUGCAUGAAACAAUAACCAUCAAUGGCUGUCCCGAAUUCAGAGCUCAUGCGACUGCUAAGGCUACUGUUGCUGCUUUUGCUGCAAGUGAAGGCCAUUCUCAUCCACGAGUCAUAGAAUUACCAAAGACCGAAGAAGGCCUCGGCUUUAACGUAAUGGGUGGAAAAGAGCAAAAUUCACCAAUCUACAUCUCCCGUAUUAUUCCUGGAGGUGUUGCGGAUAGACAUGGAGGACUGAAGCGUGGUGACCAGUUGCUUUCUGUCAACGGAGUGAGUGUGGAGGGAGAGCACCAUGAAAAAGCGGUGGAAUUGCUGAAAGCUGCACAGAACAGUGUGAAACUUGUGGUCCGUUACACUCCCAAAGUGCUGGAGGAGAUGGAGGCCCGUUUUGAGAAGCUGCGCACAGCCCGGCGUAGACAGCAGCAGCAGCUUCUGAUCCAGCAGCAACAGCAGCAGCAACAGCAACAAGCUCAACAAAAUCAUAUGUCCUAGGUGCUCCAAGAAGGAAAUGAAAGUUAGCAAUUUGGUUGCAGUGGUUUGACAACACAGAAGUCAGAAGGAGGGGGAGGAGAAUCUGGAAAGAUAGAUGCUUUGUGAUAAUUGUAUAUAAAUCCUCCAAGUCCUAAAUACUGUGCACAUCACACUGUAAGAUGAUUGUGAAGUUUUAAGUAAGCUCGUUGUAGCUUAGGUCACAGUGGCACAAGGUUUUGUUCAAAAAAGAAAUCACCUAACAAGUAAACUCUUAUUACCCAGUGUAAUCUAAAAUGCAAAUGUCAACCAAAUCCCCUUUUUUGUUUCAUUAAUGGUACUUGUGUAUUUAAUACAAUUACAGUAAACCUCACAUAAAUCAUAUCAGUUGGGACCAUACAUUUAAUAUGGUUUUUGCAAAGUCUGAGUUAUGCCAAACUUGCAUAGAAUAUAAACUCUUGAACGGAACAUGGGCAAUGAUAUGAUUUACACAGGUCAGACGUAUGUGAGUUUUACUGUAUAUUACUCAUGUACUCAAGAUAAGAUUUCUGAAUUGACUUUUAUCAGCUUUUGUGUAGAAUAUAAUUAUGCACCAGAUUAUGGACCAGAUUUUUAUGAAUUCUACUCAUAAGCAGAAUACUCAACAAAUAUUAGUUUUUAAAAGAAAAUUCUUAACAGACCAAAUAGGAUAAUUUUAUUUUUCAAGCACGGUCUUUUUUUUGUUUCAAUUAAAGAAUUAAAAAAUUAAAGAAAACCUUGUGCCUAAUCAUAAAAGCCAAGUUCUAGUUGCCUUUAUUAAAAGGUUUAGAGAGUGAUAUAUUAAUUUAACUGUGUACUAAAGAACGUUUUACUAUUUUUAGAUGUUGAAAGUAUUUAUAACCAGCUAAACCAAGGCCAAAAUUGUGUUUCCAGUUAACGUAGCCUACUUAGUUUUAUUAUUGUCAACCCUUAUAUUUUUCCACUUACCUCUGGUAUCCACGUUUCAUACUUUGUAAGUUACGGUGUGAAAUUGGGAAUGUUAUAAAAUCCUAUUUAAAAUAUCUAAUAAACGUCCAUUCCAAAGUCUAA